ACAAAAACUGUUGAAAAACUGUAACGCGAUUUCAGUGUUGAAGUGAUUUGAUUGACAUUUUGAUUGACAUUUUGAUUGACAUUUUGAUUGACGAGUGAUUCUCAACAAACAGUUUUCGACAAUAGAUUUGAAAGAGACUUUUGACCGAAAAUAACACCCGAUUUGUGGACAACAAUGAGUGAAUCGUAUGCUAAGGGAGACACCAAUGAGUGUCUCAGCGACAGUACAGCUAAAGACACACUGAUUCGGCUCAGAAAUAACAAGAAGUUGUUAACCAAUAAGUUAUGCCAAACGGCCGCCAAAUCCAUACAAAUGCAGAAACAGAUGGAAAUGAGAAAGUCUAAAGUUAUGCAAUUGAUGGACAACAACAACAAGAUUGUCCAACAGUUGUCACAUAUUAAGAUUCAAUCCGAUAAUUUGGAAGAGAAGACCCAAAAAGUCGAGUCACUAAUAGAUCGGAGUCGGCGUUCAAUUGAAGAGUUGAGCCAUGAAUUGGCCGAAAAACGAUUGCAACAGUCAUUGGCUGUGGAACAAAUUACUGAAGAUAUGCACGAUUUGGCCAAACAAAUGACAAAUUUGUCACUUCUUCACAGCAAACAAAAGGACAGUCGUGAGAUAUGUGACCAAAUUGUGGCCAUCGAUGCGCAAAAUCAACAUAAUUAUGACAAACGUAUGGCACUGAUGAAACAGCUCCAGAAGCUUAAUGAUGAAUACGAGUACUAUUUGAGCGGCAGAUCAAUGGACAACGGAUACGGCGGUCAAUACAAUUGGAGUGAUUGGCCUCUAGAGCACCGACGCCUAUCAGUUCAAAUCUUUACCGAUGAGAACCGUUUGUAUGCCGAAGACAUUGAAUUCUUGAACAGUUUGGGCUAAAUAUUAUUUAUUUAAUGAC